AUAGGCUUCUGAGACCUCUAUUGCUGCACAUUAUUUUUCUUACCGUGUAUUGAACAAUGCGGGUAGAAAACCAGGGUUAGGAUUUCGUCGCUGCAAUUGUGCGGGUGUAAAACUAGGGUUUGGGUUACAAAUUGGCAAAAAGGAUAUACCUUUUUCUAUUCUUCUUCCUUGUAUAUAUUUUCAUCGUAGUUUGAUUGAUUUCAAUUGUUUCUAGGGAGCAAUGUCUCUUGUUGAAUGACUGGUGGUGCUUUCUUCUUUCUUAUUGUAUAGGGCAUAGUUCUGAAUUUGAUAUUUUCAAUGUGAUUUUUUUUUGGUGUUUGGAAGUUUUUUAUGGAAAAUGUGCGGAAAUUUAAGCAAAGGUAAUCAUUUCAUUCUAUAUUGGCGAUAAUUAGUCAAAUCUUGUGAUAUGAGUGGGUCUACCAUUGGGUUACUCAAAUAGCUUCUUGUUGUGAAAUGAGACUAACUCUGAUAAGUUACGAAGAAAUGCUAUUGUUCUGUGUGAUACUAUGUUAUUUAUAUUUUCAACUUUGAUGUUGGAAUGAGCUCUGAAGAAGGUUAGAAGAUGCUUGUUUUAUACUGCAUUUUUGUUAUAUAGAAUGUUUUUUUUUUUCCUCUUUUUAGAAUGAGGUCCGUUACAUUAUUGACGCACAGAUCUUUUGGAUUGGUUUCUUAUUUGCAUUUUUAGGGGUGUGGUAUGGCAUGCCCUAAUUACUUUUUUUCAUUGCACAUUCAUAUGGUUCAUAUCUUUAGGCAUUAAAAGGGGAAGGCCAGUGGGCUAUUUAGGCCUUUUAUAUUGGAGAUGGAACUGAACACCUAUUGGGUUCUUAUAUUUAGUAUAUAAAAGGGAUUUAGCUAUUCAGCUACUGUUUGGGACUUUGGGUAUUGUUUUUGAGAAACAGUGAUAUUGUCUUGGCAAUAUAUCUAAAGCUGCAGCCUGCAGAAAGGGGAAUUACAGUGAAGGUUCAGGGUUUGCAUUGAGGUCAUGAAAUAUACGAGUAGUCCUUUACUCUUAGAAAGGGGUGCUUGAUAAAAGAAGGAAAACGGGGAUGUGGUAGAAUGUGGUAUUGAGUAUCUAUAAUUUUUAUGUUUGCGAUUCAUAUAAUACACCAUUGUAUUUUUGUAUUUAGAAUUUUUAUAAUUCAUUAUUAUUUGUAUGUACAGUAAACGCAAGAACAUCAUUAUGUCUGCAUUAUUUGUAAAUGCAUGUAGCAUGCAUCUUAGACAUACUGUGUGGUAUCAUACAUGUGAUAUCAUUGUUCCAUAGGUUAAAUCAUUUUAUUGUCUGAUUUAAGAUUUAAAUGCUUUUAUAUUCAGAUGUACUGCUGAAAAUUAUUUGGUUAGGUGGUUCUUUUUCAGUUUGAACUUUACAUGCACGAGGCAUGUGCUAUGCACAUUUCUGUUAUUGUCAGAAUAUCAGGAUCGUAAAAACGAUUUAAAAGUCAAAAAUGAAAAAUCCCUAAAACUGGGGAUUAGGAAUCAUGUUUUCAAUAAAGUUUAUAAUCCUAAAAGCAGGGGAGAAUGUCUUUAUGUACGUACAUCCAAAAUAUUUACUCGUAAGUUUGGAUAAAGAUAAAAUAUUUACUAAGUGGACAGUCUCUUUUUCCAAUUAGAAAUCUUAUCGUAUAUUUCAAAUUAAAUUACUAUUGAAGAAAAUAUUACUCAUGGAUGACUAUAUAUUUCAAAUUAAAUUACUAUAGAAGAAAAUAUUUAGUCAUGGAUGACUAUAAGUAUUUGGUAAAGGCCAAGUUUCCUUCUCCAAUUAGAUUUCCUUUUCAAGAAAAACUAGAUCUCCUAUUAUAUAAUUCCAAUCAAAUUACCAAUAAAGGUUUAUUAUAGGAAUAGAUAGAGAUUGAACUCAAAAUAGGAAAUUGGUUACCCUACACUCCAAUUUAUAGUGUCCCUCUCAAUAGGUACCCUACCUUAAAGUCUAUUUCCAUAAGGUCCGGCUCAAUUUAAAUGCCACAUGUCCGUACCCUUAACUGUGGCUUGGUAUAUGUAGAAGAGAUAUUGUUUGUAGAUUGUAUGUGAUAGUUGAUACCAUAGAUACCAAGCUCGUGGUCUGACCAGUCGGAUCACUAACUAGUGCCUUGAAAAGGUUUGGUUGAAGUUAAAAACUAGGUUCGGUAAAAAACAAUCAAAAUUAAUGUUUGACCGGUUUUGGCCUGUUGGAUUAGUUGGUUUUGGCCUGUUGGAUUAGCUGGUUUUGGCCUGUUGGACUAGUUGGUUUUGACUAGUUUGGCUUGCUAAAUGAAGUUUGGCAAAUUUUUUGAUUUGCUUUAUUUUGUUAAACUAUUACAUCUAUAUUUCUUUCCUUUCUUGAAAAUCCUGUCCAACCUGUUUGACCAGUGGUUGGACUAGUUUUGAUUGGACCAAACCCCUUUAGUUCGCACUCGAUCUCCAUAAUGUCCCACUCAAUCUGAAUGGCACGUCCAUACCCUUAACUGUAUCUUAAUACAUGUAGAAAAGAUAUUUGUUUGUAGAUGGUAUGUGAUAGUUGAUACCAUAGUCAUCAAGCCAGUUGGACCGCUGCUAGGUGCCUUUGUUGGUUUGGUCUAAAAGUCUAGUUUGGUAAACAACUAGUCAAAACUAAUGUUUGACCCGUUUUGGCCGUUUGGACUAGCUAGUCUUAAAUGUCUCAAAUGGUUUGACCAGCUAAAUGAAGUUCGGAAAAGAUCUUAGUACAUUUUAUUUUAUUUUUAAACUAGUAUAUAUAUAUAUAUAUAUAUAUAUAUAUAUUUCUUUCCCUUUUUUUUAAAUCUGGUCCAACCUAUUUGACUAGUGGUUGGACUAGUUUUGAUUGAACCAAACCCUUUACCAUUUCGGUAGCUGUCUGAUCGUCAUAACAAUAGUUGGUACAAUGCUGUUUUAUUCUAUUGUGGGAAAUCACUCAUGGUUGAUAUGUUACCGGUUAUUUAUUGACAUGCUGCUUUUAUCUUGCUCAUGCAGCUUUACAUGUUCCUGCUUUUAUCUUCUGAAGUUCAGCUAGUUUUGGAUUAAACCAUAUUCUAGCGGAAUCUUUAGAAUGUAUAGAGGAUCAUUGUAUGCAUUUUUAUCUCUAUCUGGUUGACUCUAUGAGCUAAAAUACUAGUCAAUAGAUAUAUCCAAUUCUCCAUGUGGUCCAUGAAAGGUAGCCCUAUUUCUAACUUUUAUAAAUAUUUGAACUUCUCUGAUUUGCAAAUCUUCAUUAUUAAUUCAUUCCUUGUUGUUUGCUCUAGUGAGUUCGGCACUUAUUUGUCAAAGCUAUAAUAUGGAGUGGUUGGAUUUUCUGAUGGACAAUUCCUCAUGCGUUUGUUAUCCAGAGUGAUUAAUGUAAUUCAGUGCUUAGUUCUUUCCCAUGGCACGGGGGAUAAUUUCUCUCAUGAUGGCAGAAUCUUCACAGAACAUGUGGGAUGUUUGGGCAUUUAAAUUGGGUGGAGAGAUAAAAUUGUUACAGGGCUGGCCAAUUAUGACUUCUGGAAUAUCUGUACUCAUUGCUCUUGUUCUCUCCCUGUUUCUGAUUAUCGAACACUUGACUGUAUAUAAUCAACCUGAGGAGCAAAAGUUCUUGAUCGGGAUCAUACUGAUGGUUCCAUUUUAUGCGACAGAAUCGUUCUUCUCUCUGUUGGAUCCGAAGGCUGCAUUCAACUGUCAAAUUAUGCGGGAAUGCUAUGAGGCUUUUGCUUUGUAUUGCUUUAAGAGAUAUCUGAUUGCAUGUUUAGGUGGUGAGGACUGUACGGUCAAGCUUAUGGAGAGUUAUUCCAGAAUGACAUGCAGAGCACCUUUGCUAGAAGAAUCAUUCAGUGAAGGAGUUGUAAAGCAUCCAUUUCCAUUGAACUGGUUGCUGAAGCAAUGGCAUCUUGGUCCCGAUUUCUAUGAAUCUGUUAAAAUCGGCAUUGUUCAAUAUAUGAUAUUGAAGAUGAACUGUGCAUUUUUAGCACUUAUUUUUGAACACUUUGGGAUCUAUGGAGAGGGAAAAUUUGAGUGGAACUACGGUUAUCCUUACCUUGCAGUUGUCCUAAAUUUUAGUCAGACCUGGGCGUUGUAUUGCCUCAUACAAUUCUACUCUGUCACAAAGGAUAAAUUGGAGCCCAUUAAACCAUUGGCGAAGUUUCUGGUGUUCAAGUCCAUUGUAUUUUUAACAUGGUGGCAAGGCAUUGUAAUAGCAUUUCUAUUCUCUAUUGGUGCCUUUAGAGGUUCAUUGGCUCAAAAACUGAAAACACGCAUCCAGGACUACAUCAUCUGUAUUGAGAUGGCUGUUGCAGCUAUUGUGCACCUUCGUGUUUUUACUGCAAAACCCUAUGCACGAGGUGAAAGGUGCUUUCGAAAUGUUUCUGUUAUGGCAGACUAUGCCUCCUUAGAAGCCCCUUUGGACCCAGAAGAGGUCAGAGACAGCGAGAGGUCCACAAGGUCACGAUUUGCUCAACCUGAUGACCAAGAAAAGCGAAUGAGUUUUCGGCAAAGUGUUUGCGAUGUGGUCUUAGGAAGUGGGGAAAUUAUGGUUAAUGAUGUGAAGUUUACAGUUUCACAUGCAGUAGAACCGGUGGAGCGGGGGCUUGUCAAAAUUAAUGAAACGUUUCACCAGAUAUCUGAAAACAUCAAGCAGCAGGGGAAGCGGAAGAGAACCUCCAUGGAUGAUAGUUAUAUCAUUCCCAUGCAUCCUUGGAGGAAUGAGUUUUCAGGAAUCACUGAUCAAUAUCUGGAAGGGAGCAUUAGUGAUAGUGGUUUGGAUGUUGGAAAGAGGUACCACCAUGUAGGAUCUGGGGCAUGUCAAUCAAAUAGACAUGAUAGUUAUAUGACUUACAAGGUACAGGGCAACAGAUGGACCUCUAAAGACUAGUGUUUUAUAUACUGUACAAAAUCAUGUUGUGCAGCAUGAAGGUCACCGUCAAUAUUGUUGGCUAACAACUCUUACUUGGUCCUAAUUUUGCUGACACUGAUUCCACUUACCGGUACAUAUAUUUGGCUGACAUUGAUAGCGGUACAUAUAUUUUUGGACUCCCGGAGAGAAGGAAAGCCUGGGUUUAUCUAACCACUAAGAUACAAGCUGAUCAACAUGGAUUCUAGUGCCUCAUUCGAGUUAAUCCAGUGUUCGCUUGUCAUUCUAGUGAAACAGGUAUUUUGGUCCUUACUGGCUGCAGAUUUGGAGUAAAAUCUGUAUAUAGAAACUACUUUGUUAAUGCAAGAAGAAGGGAUGAUGCACAUUUUAUCUCAUCAUUCCCAAACUAUAGAAGUUAAAAGUACACUGUUGUCUCAUUACAAAUUUAGAACACUGUGGUUCCAAUUUUCAAUAAUAGAUCUCUUUUUCAAAUCUUUCAUUUU